AUCUCGAUCCGGGAAAGGGCUGGCGGGGACGUGCGUUGCAAUCCCACCUCCGCCCAAUAACACGCAACGGGGAUGGGGUGAGCAGGUCUUCAUCCAUCCAUUCAUUCCUGGAUGCAGGCAUCCUUUCUUUCAUUCAUUCAUUCAUUCAUUCAUUGGCGCGCUGUUCUAGGCAAACAAAGAGCCUGGCAUGAUUUCCCAAAGCGGCAGAAAACCCAGGAAAAUUUGCACACCUUUCCCCCCCCCCCACCCCCCACCCCCCGCGAAAGAGACAGGCCUCUUUCCCCCGCCGGGCGACGUCGCCCCCAGCCCAAAUCAGCAGAACUUAGAACCUUACCUGUUUGGGAUGUCCUUGUCGUAAGAAGGGCACAGGUGGAAGAAAAAGGGAACUCCCUCCGACUGAUUGGAAGUGGGGCGGAGCUUGACUGCAAGAUGGAAGAACCAGAUUCAGCUGGUCCUGAAGAAUGGAGAGAAAUUCAUGUGGUCCAGGUGGGGAAGGAGGAGGAAGUCUGGGAAAGGGAUCUACAGGAUUCCCAGGGCGAAGAUGCCAUCGCUUCCGAUGUACAGUACCAGCGUUCCGUGCGGUUCUGUUACCAGGACGCUGAGGAUCCCUCAAAGAUGUGCAGUCACAAUCUUUGCCAGCACUGGCUGAAGCCGGAAAGGCACACCAAGAAGCAGAUCCUGGACCUGGUGAUCCUGGAGCAAUUCCUGGCCGUCCUGCCCCCACAGAUGGAGAACUGGGUCCGGGAAUGUGGACCAGAGACCAGUUCCCAGGCGGUGGCCCUGGCAGAGGGCUUCCUCUUGAGCCAGGGAGGGAACGUGAAGAAAGAAGAGCAGGUACCAUGGUUGUUUGCAGGUGGAACCACAGAGGAGGCUUCAGCAGGCACCAUUCAGAGAGUGCUGAUCCGAGGGAUCACAUGGGCAGGAAACCAAGAUACUCCUUCAGUUGGGGACCGAAGGAUCCAAACAGUUUGUUCUGGCCCGCAGGAGAUGAUUACUGAACCACGGAAUAAGGGUCUGGUGACAUUAGAGGAGGUAUCUGUUUAUUUCACCCAGGAGGAAUGGGCCCUGCUGAAUCCAGGCCAAAGGGCUUUGCAUACUGAAGUCAUGAUGGAGAACUGCCGGAAUCUGGCUUCCCUUGUUGAACUUUUGAUUCUCAAAUCUGAUCUUGCAUCAUGGCUGGAAGAAGGGGAAGAUCCAUUUUCUCAAGAUGGAGAGAGACUGUCAGGGCAGGAAAUCAAGAGUAAGAGGGAAGAGCAGAGAAGGGCAACCGAAGUGAGCCAGACAUGGAGGAAAGAACCCAUUGCUUCAGAAGGUAUCAGCUUUCCAGAAUUUUUGAACCAAGGAGAGCUCCCUCAGUGUGCAGAUCUCUUACCUGGCAUAGCACACCUGAGCACCUAUCGGGACAUGUAUUACGCUGAGAAGAAAUGGUCAGAUCUUGGGGAAAGUUUUAGCCAGCACCCUCGACCUGCCGUAGGUCACACUGUUCUCUCUGAGAAGUCACAGAGAUGCUCCAAAUACAGAAAGAGCUUUAGGAAGACAAGCCCAUUCACUAAUCAGCAAAGAGCGCAGAGAAUGCACCUUAUGUCUCCUCACAGAGGGGUGAAACAAUAUAAAUGCUUUGAAUGCGGAAAAAGCUUCAGCCACAGAUUAAGCCUCAGUAACCAUCAGAGAAUCCACACAGGGGAAAAACCCUAUCAGUGCUCAGAGUGUGGGAGGUGCUUUGGUCAAAGCGCACAUCUUUCGCGACAUCGAAAAUUGCAUGUAGGACUGAAACCAUACAAAUGCUCAGGGUGUGGAAAGAGUUUUGGUCGGAGAUCACACCUUUUAAGACAUGAAAAACUGCAUGUCGGAUUGAAACCAUAUGUAUGCUCAGAAUGUGGAGAAGGCUUCUGGCGGAGUUCACACCUUACUCGGCAUCACAGAUUGCAUAUAGGACUGAAGCCCUAUCUGUGCUCAGUGUGUGGAAAGAGCUUUAGCCGUAGCUCUAGCUGUGCUUCCCAUCAGAGGAUCCACACUGGAGAGAAACCCUACAAAUGCUCUGAGUGUGGAAAGAGCUUCGCACAGAGCAGCUACCUUUCUAGACAUCGGAAACUGCAUGUAGGACUGAAACCAUAUAAAUGCUCAGAGUGUGGAAAAAGCUUCAGUCGCAGCUCACACCUUACUGUACAUCAAAGAACCCACACUGGGGAGAAACCAUAUGAAUGCUCAAUGUGCGGGAAGAGCUUCAGUCAUAACUCAGGCCUUGCUUGCCACGAAAGAAUUCACACUGGGGAGAAACCAUAUCAGUGCUCACAGUGUGGGAGGAGCUUCCGUGAGUACUCAAAUCUUGCUUCCCAUCAAAGGGUACAUACUGGAGAGAAACCAUAUCAGUGCUCAGAGUGUGGGAAAUGCUUCACUCAGAAUACAAGCCUUACUUGCCAUCAGAGAAUCCACACAAGGGAGAAGCCAUUUGAAUGCUCAGACUGUGGAAAGAGCUUCAAUCACAAAGGAAACCUUGUUAACCAUCAAAGACUGCACACCGGGGAGAAACCAUAUGAAUGUUCAGAAUGUGGAAAGAGCUUCAGCCAGAAGGGAAGUCUUAUUGGUCACCAAAGAAUCCAUACAGGGGAGAAACCAUAUCAGUGUUCUGAGUGUGGGAAGAGCUUCAGACUAGGCUCAAGCUUCACUUCCCAUCAAAGGGUUCACACAGCAGAAAAACCAUAUAAAUGCUCAGUGUGUGGAAAGAGCUUCAGCCAGUGCUCACAUCUUGCUAGACAUAAAAAAUUGCACACAGGACUGAAGCCAUAUACUUGUUUGGUGUGUGGAAAGGGCUUCAUUGAGAGAUCGAGAUGUGCUUCCCAUCAAAAAGUGCAUGCUAAGGAAAAAUUAGUGGGCACAAAGGACACCCAAACGCUGCAGAAGACCAGCAUGCUGAAGGUGAUCAGCUUGGCUUCAUUGAAGGCCCCGGGAAGAUUCCUGGCCAGGAAAGCCACUGCAAAAGAGACAGCAGCCAAGAAACCCAUCCAUCUCCUCAUCCUGCUUCCUGGCUUGGUGGCCAUGAAGGCCACCACCACAGUAAUUGUUUUGGCCAACACAGAAGAGACAGAAACUGAGAAGAUGAUGCUGAAGGUGGUUUGUCGGAGAAGUACUAUGCCACCAAAGUGCCACCACAGCACUGGCACUGAAGAGGCUCCAAGACCCGGGGUAGGGGAGAUACUCCCACAGCAGUCUGAGCAGGAGGAAGGUUACUUGAAUGCUGAGGGAAAAGGCAACACAAAUGCCUCUGCUGUUGGCCAGAGGGGGGAAGAUUUUCAGGAAUUGUUCUCCAUUAUCAGAGUCUGCCGCAAUGAGACCGAUCCACGUCCACUGAAAAUGCAACAUCAGUUUCACAAUCCCCACGAAUUGUUGUUCCUCUUUGGGAACUGCCUGGUAGAGAAAAGGGAACUGCGCUGGAUCGUUAACAAUAUGGGGGACGAACCCAUGACUGACCUAGAAAGCUCAGAGGUUUGUUCCAAAUACAACCAGGACAUCCCCUUGGCUCCAUACCAGUGGGAUUUUGUAGAUGCCGAGAAGAUUGGAAAUCUGGAUGGGAAUUUCAGACUCGGACCCUUCAAGAACUGCCAGCAGGAUCUUCUGACCUCCACAAUGCUGCCCACUGUCAGCACCCGCCACGGGCCCCACACUGACCUCCCACCCCCGCUUCUCCAGCACAACUGCAGGGGGCUCCGCCUCCCACCCUCUGUGGGACUCAUGAGAAUCAUCGUCCUCACGGAGAACGGGCCUACGCUGGUGGCUCUCUUCCCGUCCCUCCCUGGUCAGCACGAGUCUUCCUUUACUCCGGUGGGAAACGAAGCGACGGUGCCACGCAUUCUCCUCAAGCCUUUAAGAGGCAGCUUCCAAGAUCCAGGCCGCUACGCCAAGCACUCCAUCUGCCAAGCCACCAUCGUAGAGAUCGGGUCAGCCUCCAUCGGCUCGCUCUUAAAGCUGUCAUCGGGUGUUGUGACCUUUGAAGAUGUGGUUGUGUAUUUCUCAGAGGAGGAAUGGGCUCUGUUGAAUCCAAGCCAAAGGGCUCUGCACCAAGAAGUCAUGGAGGAGAACUUCAGGAAUCUGGCCUCUCUGGGUGGUGUGAGAGAAUGGGAGAAAAAAGUUGAACAGCAGAAAAACAAAACAAACCAGAAGUGGAGAAAAAAAUUCAUUUCUUCUAAUUGUGCUGAUGUUCAUGAGAUUCAAGUACAAACAGAAGGCCAUAGUGGAAAUCUGGUUUCUCUGUCAACCCUUAGCCAAAAUGGGGAAAUACACAAAUAUGCAUGCUCUGAGCAUGAAGAUAGCUUCGGUCAUACCCCAUGUUUUAAUUCCUAUCGAAGAAUUCACAUGGAGGAGAAACAGUACGAUUGUGGAAGAAGCUUCAAUGUGAUUUCAAAUCUAAUUUCCCAUCAAAGAAUUCACACAGGGGAGAAACCAUAUAAAUGCUCAACAGGUGAAAAGAGUUUCAGUCAGAGCUCAGGCCUUUCUUAUCAUCAAAGAAGCCACACAGGUGAGAAACCAUAUAAUUGCUUGGAGUGUGGACAGACUUUCAGGGUGACCUCUAGCCUAAUUUCCCAUCAAAGAACACACACAGGGGAGAAACCUCAUAAAUGUUCAGAGUGUGGACAGAACUUCAGUCACAGCUCAAGCCUUGCUUACCAUCAAAGAAUCCAUACAGGGGAGAAGCCAUAUACAUGUUUAGACUGUGGAAAAAGUUUCACCCAUACAUCAGGCCUUGCUUACCAUCAAAGAAUCCACACAGGUGAGAAACCAUAUAAAUGCUUGGACUGUGGACAGAGUUUCAGUGUGAGCUCAAGCCUCAUUUCUCAUCGAAGGAUCCACACAGGAGAAAAACCUUAUAAAUGCUCAGUGUGUGGACAGAGCUUCAGUCACAGUUCAAGCCUUGCUUAUCAUGAAAGAGUACAUACAGGUGCAAAACCAUAUAAAUGCUCAGAGUGUGGGAAAAGCUUCAGUCACAGCUCAGGCCUCACUUAUCAUCAAAGAGUCCACAAUGGGGAAAGACCAUAUAAAUGCUUGGAGUGUGGAAAAAGCUUCAGUGUAAGCUCAAGCCUUACUGCCCAUCAGAGAAUCCACACAGGGGAGAAACCAUAUGAAUGUUCGAACUGUGGAAAGAGUUUUAGUAGUAGGACAGGCUGCAGUAGACAUCAAAGAAUCCACACAGGAGAGAAACCAUAUAAAUGCUUGGAAUGUGGCAGAAGCUUCAGUGUGAGUGUAAACCUUACUUCCCAUCAAAGAAUUCAUACAGGAGAGAAACCAUUUAAAUGCUCAGAAUGUGGAAAGUGUUUCCCUGACCAUUCACGCCUUGGUGUGCAUCAAAGAAUCCACACCGGGGAGAAACCAUAUAAAUGCUUGGACUGUGGAAGGAGCUUCAGUGUGAGCUCACAUCUGGCUUCCCAUCAGAGAAUCCACACCGGAGAGAAACCAUAUAAAUGCUUGGAAUGUGGAAAGAGUUUCACACAGAGUACAAACCUUACUAGACAUCAAAGAGGCCACACUGGUUAGAAGCCAUUUAAUUGGGAAACUCUUCAGUGUUACACAGAUUCUUAUCUUGGUACCAAAUGUUAG